UGUUCCAACUGUACGACGACGAAGACGCCCCUAUGGCGUCGAGACCCUGAUGGGAAGCCUCUGUGCAACGCUUGUGGUCUCUUCCUGAAGCUUCACGGGACCAUCAGACCGCCCACCAUGAAGAAUGAGAACAUCAAGAGAAGGAACCGU